AUGGAUCCAAAUUUCCUGGUAAGGCUUCUAUAUGGGGAUGGCCCUACUGCAAGCCAGUGGUCAGCAGCGAUGCAACGAGAAACCCUCGACCAGAUUGCCCUUGACUACACAGAUCGUGGUUCGACCGCCGAGGAGAUCGCCGAUUUUGUUCUCAGUCAAUACACCAAGGCCUCUUACCUCUACAAAUGGGUCAAAGACGAGCCCAUGGGGGCCCCUGAAAAAGUCAGGUCCGAAAUGUACGGUCACAUGCUGCUAUUCAAGCUCUUGAACGAAGAGGACCUUACCCACUGCGGCAAAGCUGCCAUACUCACGAAGUUGAGCGGGUUUUUCUAUCAGCCCGGUCGGCUUGCUUGUCCCCAUACACCAGGCUGCUCAGCCACCGCGUUGAACCCUUGCGAGCAUGUGAGAGAGAUGCUUGAACUCGCGGAUAAUCAACUCAAGAGCGCGUUGGAGUUGUUUGAUUUCCAGGUCGAUCCCGAAAACCCGGACCCCGAGCAACCCGUGAAAAAAGCUGGCAAGGAACUCGCUCUCCAGCUGCGCCGAUACAUUACAUACCAGCUCCACCCGGAAGAAAGGGGCGACGAAGAUGACGACUAUGAUAUCUCUAUGAGGAGUGGUCUGGAGAGUGAAGGUGAUGGGUCCGAUGACUGCAAGAAGCCCAACCUUAUUGAACUAACAGUGAUCUAG